CAAGUGGGAGGAAAGUUCUUUGCGUAGCUAGUACUUUACUACUUAGUUAUAGGUAUUUAAUCUGAAGAUCGCCCAUUGAAAAAUACCGCAUGUGGAAUUCCUCGCUGAGAGCAGACGUAGCGCGUAGCUGCUGAUGCUGCAGCUAUGAGUUGGCUACGGCGUCGCAGCCCCGUGCCAGCGCGUAGGCCCACGGGCGACCCUCGGCCACUCACCGACCAAGCAGCCUGCUUGGAGGCGCUGCAGUGCCACUGGACGGAUGCACUGGCCAUCAUGCGCCUCACCAACAUUCACAACAACCCCCGCAUCCCUGCGACUGCAGACGACGUAGAAAGUGUUUGCAAUUACGUCCAGAAGAUGGCGCAGCUGCUGCUGGAGGAGGGUAGGAAUGGGGAGCUGCACGGGCCCAUGCUCGACUUAUUCAUGACGGAGGGCAUCUUGGAAGAGGUGUUUCUCUGGUGCAACAGCACAGGAGAGUUUGCGAACAGGUUGAAGCUGGAGCAACUUCAUAUCUAUGAGCUGCUGAUCGUUGAGCUUCAGCACAGCAUCCUCGUCCACAAGCCCAUCCUGCGGCCGCUGCUGAAGCUCCUACAGGUAUGUGGGGAACGUUCGCCGGUGGACGUCGAGAGAUCGCUCGUGUCCGUGCUCAACCACAUCUGCAUGUGCGUGUCGCAGUACGACAGCCUGCUCGAGUUCUUCUUCAACGCGGCCACUGACACGUCCGCUUCUAAGUUCCUCGUCUUCUCGAUCCUGACGCAGUUCCUGCACCGCGACGGCGCGAUCGGCGAGCAGGCGCGUAACUCGCUGCUGCACUGCAUGGUGCUCUCCGCAAAAUUCGACUACGUCGGCGCAUACAUCGCAGACGAGUCAAACUUUUGCCCGGUGUUGGCGACGGGACUGAGCGGGCUGUACUCACGACUUCCCAGGAAGCUGGAGGCCUUGCCGGAGGAUUGGCACGAGCUGCGAGACGAAGAUAAGGAGCAACUGCCAGAGCUGGAGACGUUUCUCGGCUCGCUGGAGUUCUGCAAUGCCGUCGUGCAGGUGGCGCAUGCAGCUGUGCGGGAUCAGCUCAUUGACUAUGUAUACCAUGGUUUCCUCGUCUGUGUUAUGGGGCCAGCUCUCUGCCAGGAGUUAAUGGGAAUUCCUUACUCUCUACGCCAUACGCCGUACACAGUGAGCUCGACGGACGAGGUUGUCAUGGCAACGGCCUACCUGAAGCUGUUCAUCUCAAACAUCACGGACAAAGCGCUGAUGAAAACGUUCCUACGAUUCCUGCUAGUAGAGAAGUUGGACGGUGCUGUCAUCAUAGACUCAAUCGUCUCGCGAAUAAACAACUCCGACCGGCUAUGUCUUGUCUCCCUUUCGUUGAUCCACACAUUGCUCAGUCUUAACUGUGAGGAGGUUAUGCUGCAUCUAGUCCUCAGACAUCUCAUCCCCUGCAGUCACGUGAUGGUGAGUCAGAUACGCAGCCUCAAGACGAUGGACACGUACGGUUCCUCUGCGGAGAAGCUCCUCUCCCUCGUUCCCUCCUGCUGCGUGCCGGCCCUGCCCCCGAUCCCCGCCACCCCGCCCGUCUCCCCGAUCGACGCGAGCGCCGCCAAGUCCCUCCUGCUGCGCAAGACCAACUUCUCGCAGGCGGGGUUCCGGCUGGGCGGUAGCCGCGGUCACCACGGCGACGCGCGCCCGGCGUCGGCGGCGGCGGCGGCGUCGGCGCGGCUGGGAGACUACGAGACGGACUACGUCAGCUACCUGCGGGACGCGCAUGCCGGCGUCGGAGCGUGCGCGCGCGCCUGCGCCGCGUGCUGGUCGGCGCCGUACGACGGCAUGGCGCCGCCGCCGGACGCCGUCGUCACGGCCGCCGCCGAGGCGGCAUCCGAGGCCAAGCACGCCGUCGCGGUGGUCAAGCACGGGGGUCCCGAAGACGAAAUCGAGGAGGACGAGGUCAGGUGGCGGCCCGAGCGUGUCGUCAACGGCACCGUCGAAACGCCAUGCGAGGCGCCGGUGGUGGCUGCGGCGGCGGCGGCGCCCCCUAGGAGCAGGGACGACAGCCUGUGCGACGGCGAGGUGGCGCUGCUGUCGGAGCGGAUGGCGCUCGGCGCUGACCUGCCGCUCGUGCACGACUGGCGGCGGCUGUCGAGCGAGCAGUUCGAGAGCGCCCUCUGCAGGGUGCGGACGCCAGAGGGCGCCGCCGCGGCGGGCGACCUCGAGGAGAGCCUCAACGAGAUCGAGGCCGUUGCGGCGAGUCUCCAGCUCGACGACGAGACGCCCGCCUCGAGUAUCGACGACGACGAGGCGGCGGACUUGAGUCUCUGUCUCGAUUGCGAGGCGGCCUCGGCCUUCCCUCCCAAUGGCGAGGCAGAUGCGCAUACACAAAGUGCACUUAGUCAGAGCGUCCUCUGUCCGGAGGAGGGAAGUGACUCGCUGCCAGGGGGCGCUCCCAAGUCAUGCCAGGAGGGACAGCAGCGGCGGGACGGGGCAGGGGUCAUGAGGAGCAAGGAUGAUGAGCGAGACGCGGGCGAGACGUCAGCCGUCGUGCGGGAUGCGUCGUCGACCGCGGCGGCGGACACGCCGGUGGCGCCACCUGUGGCAGCGAAUUGUGAUCUUCCAGGUAUUCCGUCCACGCCACUCAGCCCCGUCGCAGCGAGGUUUGGCAACCCCGACAUCGGUCCAUUGUUCACGACCGUGUUCCGCAAGCUGGAUAACAUGAUGGAGAACACGUUCUACGUGAACCUUCAUGUGACGGCCGUCGUCGCUCGACUCGCCUGCUACCCGCAGCCGCUCAUGCGCUCCUUCCUACUCAACCACAACCUGGUGUGCCAGCCCAGCGUUCGCUCGCUGUCCCAGGUCCUAGCCUCGGUGAAGCAACAAGUGGACUCUUACUCCCACACGGUCGGUAACUUUGACCAGUUACUAGUGAAGGCACGCAAAUACCUCGUCACUCGUGACAAGGUCUACUUCGAAGAGAACAGCAGUCCCGGGACCGGUAACCGGGGACGGGGAGCCGGCACGCUCGAUGGAAAGAAAGUUGCAGAAAAAAAGAAAGGCCUAACGAACUUCCGCUUCUGGAAACAGAGCAUCGUAGAAGAGGAGAUGUCACCAAGACAGGAACUGGAAACGAUCCCGGAUAAUAAAGGAUACAGAUACAUCAACAGGAGAUCGAGUGAACCGCCGUCCGAGGGUAAGCUGGAGACCAUGCAGCUGCGGAAGGCGGUGUUCUGCGCGAUCGUGCUCGAGGAGUUUCUCAAGGAGCUGGCAGCGAUCUCCCAGGAGCACGUGGCUCUACAGAACAACAGCCUAGACAGUGACCUGUGAUUGUUAGUAGCAGCAGCCUAGACAGUGAUCACCUGUGAUUGUCAGAGCAGCAGCAGCCUAGACAGUGAUCACCUGUGAUUGUCAGAGUAGCAGCAGCCUAGACAGUGAUCACCUGUGAUUGUCAGAGCAGCAGCAGCCUAGACAGUGAUCACCUGUGAUCAUCAGAACCCACCGAAUGUCCAGAUGCCCCGUACGUACAGGGGCGCAAUGAGCAGCCUGCGGGAACCACACUCACCACGUCGGACCGAAUUUAUAAAUUUGAUACGCUGAUUUUUAAACGUUUUAAAACUAUAUAAAUGAUGUGAUGGAAGAUUUGUAAGCAUUUAAUUAACCCUCGUUUCCGUGAAGCCGGGAAGGUAGGCGGAACCACUGCAAACUCGAAGGGAAAUCUGGACCCUACGGGCUUGCCAUGUAGCCGUUCCCUCGAAGUGGCUCUAAGUUUGACAGCUGCUUCGAUUGCCGAUUAAAUUAUUUUUCGUCUGCCGUAACUCGAUCGACAUGCCAACUGCAAUACUCACAGCGCACGACUAUACUCUGCCUGCGGCCAACCGGUGAACGUGUUUUUACCCACUUACUGACACGCGACUGAAAUGCUCGGACGCGUUACGGCAAACGCGAAAUGGUUUAAGGGAUCCACUCGGAAGACAUUUGUGAACAAUCUUACGAUCUCAAUACACGUAGCUAAUUUGGGAAGGGGGGGGGGGUGAUUCAACCUUUGCCGUCGGAGUGCUAUGGCUAAAUUCAGUCUGAUGUGUCCGUGUGUGGCAUUUGUGAGUGUGGUGUGCGUGUGUGGGUGAAGGGGGGGGGGUGUUUAUGCCAAUUGCGCAUUAGAGGUGCCUGGCUAUGCGGGAGUUGGAGCAGCUGAUGCAGCGAGAUAGCCACUGCAAGACAGAAGACAGCUAACAAGGAUUUGUACAUAGUUUUUUAUAAUUGUAGUUUUCUUAGUAGAGGUGUGGCACUCACACUGCGAGAACUUGUUGGUAGUUUGUUCAUGUGUCUAAAGCUGAGACCGAUACCAUAUGUUCGGGUUUAUAAAAAAACAUAAUUGAAAGUUGGCGGUGCCUUUAUAUAGAAACAAAUAUGAAAUUGAGACAUCACCAACUGAGUGACCCGACACAACUGGCCACCACGUCCCAUCCAUUCCAUCCAUUCAUGUUCAUUCCAAGCUUUUGAGAUUGAUGAUUGCAUAUUAUUUGAUUCAUUUUGCCUCCUUUAGUCCGUCGACAGAACAGCAGCUGCAUUCACACGAGAUACACGGCCUCGCUGGUUCCGUACUUAUCUGGUGCUGAAUUCUGCUGAAAUACCGUCCUAACACAACCCGCAGCGUUCACACGAGAAUCGAGGCUUAGCUGGCUAGGUAUAAUAUAGACUGGUACCUGGUGGACAGUUCCA